CUUGCGUCUUCUCUGUCUCUCACUCCUCACGCGUCGAAGCCCUUAAUCGCCGCCGCCGUCGCCGCCUUCUUCGACAGCGCGAUAGCUUCCCGAUCAGGCCACGCCGGAGCACCUCCGACGCCAUUUUACGAUUCAUCCGGAGGUUCCUUGCAGAGGUUGAUCUUUAUAAAAAUGGUUGAGCUUCUUUUUGAAGACAUCUUUACUUUGACAAAAAUAGACCCAGAUGGUAAAAAGUUUGAUAAAGUUUCUCGGAUAGAAGCACGCAGUGAGCAGUUUGAUAUGUUCAUGCAUCUAGAUGUGAACACUGAAAUUUAUCCACUCCAUGUUGGAGAUAAGUUCACAAUGGUUCUAUCUCCAACACUCAAUCUGGAUGGAACUCCCGACACUGGUUACUUCUUGCAGGGUAACAGAAAAUCACUUGCCGACAAAUUUGAGUAUGUGAUGCACGGGAAGCUAUACAAAAUCUCAGAGGAAGCUUCAGGCGGACAGAAUAUUAAAGUAGAAAUAUAUGCAUCGUUCGGAGGACUGCUUAUGAUGCUCAAGGGCGACCCCUCGAAUGCUGCUCAAUUCGAGUUGGAUCAGAGAGUCUUUCUUCUGAUAAGAAAAGUGUAAUCUGUAUGUUCCUCAGAUAGGACUACUCAUCUUGAGGCUAGAUAAUGACUUAGCUUUUGAGACUUUAGUCUUUGGAUUCUGCAUGACGUUUACUUGGAUUCUCUGUUUCCUUAUUAUUAUGACUCAAAAUUAUCUAGUGAGUUUGGUUA